GUCACUGCUACGAUACAGUUGUCCCAAUUAAGUUUUUCUGGUGUAUAGCUUCAUGGAAUAGAAGUCGGGGUUUAUCCUUUCUCCAUGGCGGCCUUACAGCACCCACAGUCCUUCAACCUCAGUCAUCCAAACGACCCAUUUAAACCCAAAUUAUACUCACCCACAUCUUCAAAGAACAGCAAGCAUAAUCCCAGAAAAACCCAGUUAGUAGUGUGCAAGAAGACAACGAACGAGGAGCCCUGGAAGGAGAAGAAGUUAGGGUUUGUGGACUACGACAAAGGGAAGCACCAACUCUCUGUUCACGUGAGUGGCCUCAGAAAGAAUGACAUACCCAAGCACUACCGAUUGCGAGUCGAAUCAGACCGGUUUCAGAAGGAUUGGACCAUAUCUGAGGUGGUUCAGAGGAUUUUGAAGCUCAAUCAUUGGAAUGACAUUGAAGGCUUGCUCAAUCACUGGGUUGGAAGAUUUGCCAGAAAGAAUUUUCCUAUUCUUAUAAGGGAAAUAACUCAAACCGGUUCACUAGAGCAUAGCGUUCACAUUUUCCGUUGGAUGAAGCACCAGAAGAACUAUUGUUCUCGAAUUGAUAUCUACAAUAUGAUGAUCAGGCUACAUGCCAGGCAUAAUCAAACAGACCAGGCACGUGGUUUGUUUUUUGAGAUGAAAGAGUGGAGGUGCAAGCCAAAUGCUGAAACUUACAACGCGCUCAUCAAUGCACAUGGUCGAGCUGGUCAAUGGCGUUGGGCACUGAAUAUUAUGGAAGACAUGCUUCGCGCAGCUAUUCCUCCAAGUCGGUCGACGUAUAACAACCUGAUUAAUGCAUGUGGAUCCAGUGGAAAUUGGAGAGAGGCUCUGAAAGUAUGUAAGAAAAUGACAGAAAAUGGAGUUGGGCCUGAUCUGGUGACUCACAAUAUUGUUCUAUCUGCUUACAAAAGUGGAGCUCAGUAUUCAAAAGCCUUGUCCUAUUUCGAACUAAUGAAAGGGACAAAAAUCCGUCCCGAUACCAUCACCCUUAAUAUUGUGAUAUAUUGCCUGGUAAAGCUUGGACAAUAUGGGGAAGCCAUUGAUAUUUUCAAUUCAAUGAGGGAGAAAAGAGCAGAAUGUCGUCCUGAUAUUGUGACAUUUACUAGCCUCAUUCAUUUAUAUUCUGUUUGUGGGCAGAUAGAAGACUGCAAAGCUGUCUUUAACAGCAUGCUUGCAGAAGGUCUAAGACCUAAUAUUGUUUCAUAUAAUGCUUUAAUAGGUGCAUAUGCUUCACAUGGGAUGAGUGGAAAGGCCCUCUCAGUUUUUAAUGACAUAAAAUUAAAUGGUUUUCGCCCAGAUGUUGUAUCUUAUACAUCUUUACUUAAUGCUUAUGGAAGAGCUCAGAAUCCUGAAAAGGCUAGGGAAAUAUUUAAUCUGAUGAAACAAAACAAUUGGAAACCAAAUGUUGUUAGCUAUAAUGCACUUAUUGAUGCCUAUGGAUCUAAUGGCUUGCUUACGGAAGCCGUUGAAGUGCUUCGUGAAAUGGAACAAAAUGGGGUGCAGCCAAACAUUGUCUCAAUUUGUAUCCUCUUGGCUGCCUGUGGGCGCUGCAGUCAAAAGGUGAAAAUUGAUUCCAUACUUUCAGCAGCUAAGUUGCGGGGCAUUGAAUUGAACACAGUUGCUUAUAACUCCGCUAUUGGUAGUUAUAUGAAUGUGGGAGAAUAUGAGAAAGCCUUAGCAUUAUACAGAUCUAUGAGGAAAAAGAAAGUUAAACCUGAUUCUGUUACUUAUAAUGUGUUAAUAAGUGGUUGUUGUAAGAUGUCGAAGUACAAUGAGGCUAUUGAAUUUAUUGAUGAAAUGAUGGAGUUAAAAGUUCCAUUGUCCAAGGAGCUGUACUCAUCUGUGAUCUGUUCCUACAGUAAACUGGGUCGGCUCACAGAAGCAGAAUCUAUGUUCACUGCUAUGAAAAUGGCUGGCUGUUGUCCUGACGUUAUUACGUACACUACUAUGAUACAUGCUUAUAGUGCUGCGGAUAAUUGGGAAAAGGCAUCUGCACUGUUUCAAGAAAUGGAGAUGAACAAUGUCCAACCAGAUAUUAUUGCUUGUUCAGCUCUGAUGAGAGCUUUCAAUAAAGGAUGCCAACCAUCAAAAAUUCUAACACUGGCAGAGUUUAUGAGAGACAAGAAGAUCCCCUAUAGUGAUGCAAUUUUCUUUGAAAUGGUAUCAGCGUGUAGCAUACUACGAGACUGGAGGACAACAGUCAAUCUGAUCAAAAUGAUCGAACCUUCACUGCCUGUUAUUUCAGUUGGACUCCUGAAUCAGCUUCUGCAUUCUAUUGGAAAAUCUGGGAAGAUUGAUACUAUGAUGAAGUUGUUCUAUAAGAUAAUGGCAACUGGUGCAGAAAUCAGCUUCUCUACUUAUUCAAUUUUGUUGAAGAAUCUUUUGGUGGCUGGAAAUUGGAGGAAAUAUAUUGAGGUACUCCAGUGGAUGGAGGAUGCAGGAAUUCAACCUUCAAUUGGAAUGUACCGCAGUAUAUUUUCCUUCGCUCAAAAAAGUAGUGGGGCUAAAUACGCUGCUGUCAUACAAGAAAGAAUAGAAUCCUUUAAAAGAAAAUCCAGUUAUCAGAUUUCAACAAGCAAGCUGGAUGAUUCUCUCCUUCUAGCCCCUGCAUCAAUUGAUGCAAUAGAAGCAUUAAAUGGCAACCUAAUACAAGUAUGAAGCUGCAGCUGCAAUAACCACCAACUCCAGAAUGUUUUGGGAUAUCUCCAUUUCAGAGAUGUAAGCAAUAGCCUGGUGCGCCAAAAAGUUCUUAUCAAGAGGUCAGGUAUUAUUUGUAUAUCUUCUUCAUGCAGAUAUUGAUUUGUAUAAAAUGCUAACAAUACCGUAUUGAUUUUUAUUUACUCCACUUCACUCUUUCUUGAAUAAUUCCUUCCUUUUUUUUUUCUUUUUUUUUUUU